AAUUUAUUUAACUUAUUUGCUUUGGUGGGACAAAGAACACAACACCAUGGGGUUGUCGAAUUUCCCUAGCUCAGCCGAAGGUGUACUUCCGGUGCUGGUAGUGAACACGGUUCUCUCGGUGGCUCUGCUGAAAAACAUGGCCAGAUCUUUACUCCAAGUCCUGGGUUCAUAUUCUUCCUCGAAUUUAGAUAUCGAGGAUGGGAACCAAGUAGAAGAGACGAUGAACAAUGCAAAGGAGAGGAGGAUAUCAAUAACCCAGUUCAAGUCCUUGUGCCACGACCGGUGCUCGCCGUCGUCGUCACGUGAAGGUUCGGUACCUGAAAGUGAGGCUUGCUGUGUGUGUUUGACUGGUUUCGAAGCAGACGAGGAGGUGAGUGAGUUGUCCUGCAAACAUUUCUUCCACAAAAGUUGCUUGGAGAAAUGGUUCGGGAACAAGCACAGUACAUGCCCUCUCUGUCGAUCUGUUGACUAGAAUUUCAUGGAAUUUGUCAUUUUUAGAUCAGAAUUAGU